CGAGUACGAGAUGCUAACGCACCGUGCUCAACGUGAAGACGACGAUGCCAGGCCAUUUACCAGGUUGAUGUUUCGUUCUUGAUACUGAAGUGGGGAGGGGGGGGGGAGGGGGGGAUGUGAUCCCACCAGAGGAAAGUGCCGCGUACAGCCCACUGAUCUAUAUUUAAUCCAGGGCCACUGAUCAGUGACCCGCUUGGUUCUGUCUCCUUCGCGCACUGCUUACCUUUCCCACCGUCCUCAUCUUCGUUUGCUGAUCUUGCCAACUGCAGAGUCAAUCUAUGACAGUCAGAGCGGGAAGACAACCUUCAGCCAUACGCACACUCGUACACACGCACGCACUCACACACAUACAUACACACGCACACACACACAUACAUAGCCACGCACAGAUGCAGACACGGUCGCACAUACAGACACAUAUACACACACCCUUGCACACACACACGUACACAUAUGCACACAAACGCGCACUCACACGCGCGCACAGACGCACCGAACACACACACGCACACGCACACACACACACACACACACAUACAUACAAACACCCACGCACACACACACAAACACACACACACACACACACAGACACAUGGUACUACGGGCCCUUUGCCUCUUUUGGAAUUCAGAGAUUCGAAUGGAUCAGCCGUUCCUCCUCCGCAUGUGUGACACAUCUUUUUAAUUUUUAUUUAUGAUUGCGUCUGGGGUGCGUUUCAGGUGUGCUAGGUCGGUAUUGCCCUCAGGUUUUCUGCACGUACUGGUAAGUACGAUGUGAUUACUUGUGCGCUCGCUGCUGGGGUUCAUUCCGCUCGGCGACACUCGUUUCCCCCGCGUCCGCUGUUCCUUUCCCCCCUCCUCACGCGCCCCCACCUUCUCCCCCCUCCUCACGCGCCCCCACCUUCUCCCCCCUCCUCACGCGCCCCCACCAUCCCUCCCAGCAGUGACUUCGAGAUCCGUCGCCAUUUGCGGUUCGGUUGUCUCUUCUCUUAGACAAGCAGCCAUCAAUUAUUACUGUAGUAAGUGAAGUGAAGUAACAAGCGAUGCAUUUAUGUACAUAUUUCUUAGGUCAAGUCUCGCCUUGUUGGCGGACAUAUGGGGUUGAGAACACCGGUGUCGCGGAUCUGUUGCUGAUCUUGCUAACCAUAUCAAAUUGAUCACCCUCGAAGAGAGGACAGGUAAUUGCUGUCCACCUAAUCGAACAGAAAGGGGCAUAAUGUUUGCACUGCAGGCAAUUGUAGGAGGAGGAAUUGAAGAAAGUAGGAUACGCAUGUGUCGCAUUCGGCGGAGGAAAGGCAUCGAGCGGGAGAGGAGGACCAUAACAACAACAACAACGAUGACGAUGCUCCCCUCGCCCAAGGUGGGGAUUUCCCCGCAAAUAGGACUUUGACAUUCCAGCUUUUUUUCAGAAAUGGUGGUCGAUUCGAUUAAUUUUGUUUUUUCUUUUUCUUUGGUGUGCCUUACGGGUGUAGCGCAUCUGUACUAUAUUGGCGAGUAUCAGGGGUCGGUAGAGGAAGGGGUGUACUGGUAAUACUGAUAAGAAACGUGGAGAGAGAGAGAGAGAGAGAGAGAGAGAGAGAGAGAGAGAGAGAGAGAGAGAGAGAGAGAGAUCUGAGGAGGCAGAUAGGUUGUGAAGGGGGAGAUAUGGCGACGGGCGUUACGAAUCCAGCAGCCAAAGUCCGCCCAACAGGAGGACCAGUGAUAGGCAUCGACCUAGGAACGUCGUACUGCUGUGUAGCGGUCUGGCAGAGACAUGGGGUGGAGGUCAUUGCGAACGAGAACGGUAAUCGGAUCACGCCAUCCUACGUGGCUUUCACGGACUCUGAGCGACUGAUUGGAGACGCAGCGAAGAACCAGGCGGCUAUGAAUGCGGAGGACACGGUCUAUGAGGUGAAGCGAUUGAUCGGACGCAAGUUUAGCGACCCGAUGGUUCAGAAGGACAUUCGAGUGUGGCCUUUUAAAGUGGUGGCAGGGAGGGCGGGUGAACCUCUGAUAAGGAUAAAGACGAAGGAGGCGGGAGAGAAGCUGUACACACCCGAAGAGAUCUCUGCGAUGCUGCUGGGGAGGAUGAAGGAGAUUGCGGAAGGGUACCUUGAUUGCGAGGUCAAGGAUGCUGUGAUAACCGUACCUGCGUACUUCAAUCAUGCUCAGAGGCGGGCAACGAAGGACGCGGGCGCUAUCGCGGGACUGAAUGUGCUGAGGAUAGCGAACGAGCCGACGGCGGCGGCGUUAGCAUACGGUCUGCAUCGGGAUCUGCUGUAUCACGAAGAGGAGAUGAAGACGGUGAUGGUGUUCGAUCUCGGCGGCGGGACGUGCGACGUGUCGGUCAUGGAGGUGGGGCGUAGGAAGUCGACGGUGAUUGCACUGUCGGGAGACACGCAUCUGGGGGGGGUGGACUUCGACGAGCGACUGCUUAAUUACGUGUUAGAGCUGAGCAAGGGUCCUGAGGACGAGUCGAUCUUGAGAACCCCAGGUCGGUUGAUGUACCUCCGUCGAGUGUGCGUGCAGGCCAAACACGAGCUGUCGGCGCGCUUCCACACCUCGAUCGAGGUCGAUCCCAACGCCAGCAUCUGUGUCCCGGUCAGUCGCGCCGCGUUCGAGGAGAUCAAUCGGGAUCUGUUCGACAAGUGCAUAGAGUUAGGGAAACAGGCGUUGGAGGGGGCGAAAAUUCCCGCCAGCAAGGUCGCCGACGUGAUCUUGGUUGGCGGGUCGACGCGCAUCCCUAGAAUCCAAUUCAUGCUCAAAGAACUGUUCGGCGGUCGCAAUCCCAAGAAGUCUAUCAAUCCCGACGAGGCGGUGGCAUACGGCGCCGCCGUCCUCGGCGCGAUCCUGACCGCAGAUGAGAAUUGCCGACUCAAAGACCUAACCAUGGUGGAAGUCACUGCGCUGAGCUUCGGUGUGAAUCGCGUCGCCUGCUCGACGGACACCAGGAACAUGUGGCUGAUGGACAAGGUGAUCCCUCGAAACACCCCGAUUCCGGCGACGGGAGAGAGCGUGAGGUGCACGUUAUUGGAUUUCCAGACGAGGAUGUCCUUCUUCGUGUACGAGGGAGAAAGGGCGCUUUGCAAGGACAAUCACUAUGUCGGUAAGCUCACGCUGUCGGGAUUGCAACAGCUGCUGAGAGGGCAGUCGAAAGCCGUUCUGACGCUGUGCGUGGAUGAAGACGGGAUACUGCACGCGGAGGCGCGGGAGAUGGCGACGGGGAAGACGUGCUGCGCUACCAUCACCAUGGACAAGGGAAGGUUGUCCAAUGAGCAGGUGAGUAAGAUGAUCAGGGAAGCGAAGACGUGUCAUGAGGAUGACGAAGUGACGAGGAAGAGAUGGUUCGUCAGGAAUGAUCUGGAGGAAAAGGCGCGGAGUGUGCGGGCGCGCGUGAAGGAGAGGGUAAGUUCCUCGCCCGCGGAUGCCGCUCUUGAGGCGCACGUGGAAGAGCUGCUGAAAUGGUUUCAAUCGCAGACGGCGCUGCCGACAGAAGAGGAGUGUGAAGCGAAGAGGAAGGAGCUCGAGAAGAAAGAGUUGGAGGCGAUGAUUAGUCGGGCGCGGUCGAAGUCCUAGGUAGGUAGGGUGGUGGUGGGGCGCGCACUACUGUAAGUCACGCGCACUGGUACUGGGAUUUUACUUGCUGCUGGCAGUUUCGUUUCGCCCUGGAUGUAUUUGACUGUGGUUAGGACUAGAUUAGGUCGCAAAAAACGUUUUUAGUUCGAGAAUGACUGUAAUUGGCCAAGCUAGACUUGGAGGGAGCUUCGCUGUUUUCUCUCUCCUGUUCCGGGAGGGACUUGACUUUUUUUUUUCCUUCCCGCUUUCCUGGUCCCCUCUCUCCCGCCGCCGCCGCGCGCUAUCCCUCUCCCCCUCUCCCCCCCUCGGCCCGUCCCCCCCCCGUUCCCCCUCUUUCCCCCUCGCCCAAAGAAACUUUUUUCUUCCUCCUCCCCCCCGCCCCCCCUUCCCCCCACUGUAGAUUCCCCUCCGAUUAACGAGUUAGUUGAGAGUCCUUACGUUGCAGACAGGUAUGUGAUGAUGAGCGCGCAUUAUGAUGAUCGUCAUCAUCAUCAUCCUGAAUGCUCGGCAUUCCUUAAUUGAAUAAUCGAGUGUAAUUGAUGGUUGAUCGAUUACGCCACCCACAGAUGGUGUGAUUGGACCGUAGGCUUGGCUGGUCGAUUGAUUAGUUAGAGAGGGUUUGGUUGGAUAAAUGAGUGGUGAAUUGGCGGCUUCUGCGUGCUUCUUGGCCCGGGGCAAGGGAAGGGUCUGAUUGGAUGGUGGCAAGGUUGUGGCGAGUCGAUCGAUUAAUUAGAUUGGCUAGUUGGGUAAGGAGGGGGUGAGUGUCUGACCCGAGCGAGGAAAGCGGGUGAUUGAACUGUGACGUUGACGGGUUGAUUGAUUAUUGAGGCUGGCAGGUUGGAGAGUUGGGUGGUGGGUGAGUGGGCGGCGGCAGCAGCUUCAGAUUGCUUGGUCCGAGCGAGGAUAGCGGGGGUGAUUGGACCUUAGGGUUGGCGGAUUGAUUGAUCCAAUUGAAUGAGAUUGGCUCUUUGGAGAGUUGGGCGGUGGAUUGAUUGGUUGGGUAAUUAGGUGGUGGGAGAGGAGGGGGGGGGGGUUAGCGUGCUUGACGGAGGGCGAUGCUAUGCAUGACUGGCUGGCGGCGGCCGUGUGGAAAAGCGAGAAGGAGAACGCCUUCUCAGAGGAGGGUGCACGGACCGAGUCUUGCGAAUGAGGGUGGUCGCUUGCUGUUUUCUUUCCUGAUCCGGUAUGGCCCUUUCCCCCCCCCCCCCCCCCCCUCUCUAUCUCUUUUCUGACUUGAAGGACUUGAAGCCGCGUCUAAAGACAAGGAGAUUGAGUGAAUAGGGUCUCUAAAGAAAGGCUAUUUUUCACAGUUGUCGCGGGAGGGUGAAGUUCCAUCGCAGAAAGAUACAAGGUACCUGAAGAGGGGUGAAGAGAGAGGAAGAGGGACAGAUGAUGGGAAGGGAGAGGGGAGAGGGUUGGUCCCAACUCCUGCACAUGGAGGGUUUUCGUCGAAGACUCCGGUGGAAGUGGGAAGGCGGAGGCGGGGGAGGAGAGAUCCACGUGGUGUACGGCGAAAAAAGCGGGUGGUGACGAUGGAGAUAGAGCGGGGGAUGAAGGGGGAUGAAUGGGGAUGAAGGGGGAGAGAGGGUGGCCUAUGGAAACAGUCAGAGAGAGGAGAGAAAGAAGGCUAUGGUGCGUCCAAACAUAGACAUCGGUAGGGAGAGGAGGAGGUGUAGACGACGACAAAGGGUGGAAAUCGGGGGGAUAGAACGCGGGCGGGAGAGGAGAAAAACGGGGGUUGCAGCAGUAGGGUUGGGAAAGAUGGUGAACAUGCAGCAGGGGUGACGGAGCGUGGAACGAAGAGAGAGAACUUUGGGAGAAAGAGGGGGGUUAUUGACCAACAAAAACCCACGUUGAAUAGAGGCGACCUGUGCGGCUAGCGCGAGUGAUACUGACGAAUGAAGAGUGAGGUCGGAUCACCACCGGCGAGGCAAGAGAGCAGCAGCGCUUCCACGAGAGACGACGAGAGCGCAUCCUGCGCAUGGGAGAAGAGAGAGAGAGAGAGAGAGAGAGAGAGAGAGAGAGAGAGAGAGAGAGAGAGAGAGUCGGAUCACCACCCGCGAGGCAAGAGAGCAGCAGCGCUUCCACGAGAGACGAGGAGAGCGCAUCCUGCGCAUGGGAGGAGAGAGAGAGAGAGAGAGAGAGAGAGAGAGAGAGAGAGAGAGAGAGAGAGAGAGAGAGACGCGAUCUGAUCAAGUUCCGUCUGAGGGUCCUAACGCUCUUGUUCUUUCACCAGCUCCCUUCCCUUGAGAGAGACACUGCCUGCCUGCGUUCAUAAUCCCUUUGAAAAUCUCAUUCUUUGGAGUUCUCUUUGUAAAACGGUUUUUUCUUGUCCUGUACAGAAUAGAGAGCAGUGGGAGACACGGAGGUGAAGAGUAAAGAGAAAACGUGACA